AUGAGCAAUUCUCCCGACGGUGCGACUGCGGUGGCCGCGCCUGUAGAGAAUUCAUCCAAUGCGUCCUCCAACAAUGCCGACACCAUAGCCCAGGGGAAGGAAAAGGCCAAGGAGGUAUUAGCUGCUUCGGGCAUUGAGGUCACAAAGGAUGUUAGUCCUACAGAGCGCAAUGGCCGUCGUGAUAGUCCCAGCCCGGACCGCAUACUUAAGCGCAAACGCGACACUCCCAUCGAGCGAAUACAAGCCGAUGAAUAUGUUCAGCGUGAAUACCAUUACAAAGCCCUCCUAGCAGAGCAGCACACUCACGGGCUGCUGGCGCAAGAGAAGAAACAAGAGCUGGCGCUGUACCAAAGCUUGCGCCCCCAACGUGAGCAUGAUCCAGGUUCUAUCUUCGGGCACGGCUAUGCAGGCUUUGGGAACCCGAGAACCGACGACAAAACCCUGCGCGAUCCCAUCGUAUACCCUCGUCAGCGGAGGCCUGGCAAGAAAAAGACAUUGCUCUCACGGAUAUCUCGAAAAGACCAGCUCAAUCAGGCCGAGCAAAGUGAAGAGCUCGUCCCCGUCCGGCUCGAUAUCGACUGGGGCAAAAUAAAACUGCGCGACACGUUUACAUGGAACCUCAAUGAUCGGACAACAUCGAUUGACUAUUUCGCGGAGAAGCUAGUCGAAGACUUUGGCCUAGAUAUUCAACAAUGCCGCCCGCUAAUUCAAUCUGUAGCGCAUAGCAUCCGGGAACAGAUCACCGAUUACUGUCCUCAAAUCUUUGGGGAUGACGAGCCUUCGGAGCCGUCACUGCCCUACUCGGCUUACAAGAACGACGAAAUGCGCAUCCUGGUCAAGCUCAAUAUAACAAUCGGCCAGAAUACUCUGAUUGACCAAUUUGAGUGGGAGAUUAACAAUCCUUACAAUUCACCAGAGGAGUUUGCGAGGCAGAUGACGAAUGAUCUGGCAUUGGCAGGAGAGUUCACGACUGCCAUUGCUCAUUCGAUUCGCGAACAAAGUCAACUGUUCUCAAAGUCCCUACACAUUACUGGAUAUCCAUUUGACGGCAGGCCAGUUGAAGAUCCCGACUUGAGAGAGAAUUUUCUCCCGUCUCCUAUUCCCGUCACGUUUCGUCCGUAUCAAUCUGCCAAAGAUUAUUCACCAUAUCUCUAUGAGCUCAACGAGACCGACCUGGAACGGACAGAACUCUCUAUAUCCCGGGAGCAGCGAAGACAGAAGCGGUCGACGAACCGUCGCGGUGGGCCUGCUCUACCAGAUCUCAAAGAUCGACAACGCACGAUAAGGUCGCUUGUCGUUUCUUCUGUUAUUCCAGGAGGCGCAUUAAGCAUGGAAGAAAGCAGGAUCUUUAGGGUGCCCAAAGCAACUCGCCGGUCUGCCCGAGGAGCCGGCCAGCGCGACGGUUUUGAAGAUUCAGACGAUUCUGAUAGUGAAGAUUCCGGACCGGAUUCUCCUGCCAUUCCUACACAUCUGCUGCAGCAGGGUACUCGCAUACGGAGUGCGCGCAAUGCUGCGCUCUCGGCAACUGCUGGCAUUCGCUCCAAUCUCUCUGGUUUAACAUCCAUGCGCUCGGCAACGCCAGAUUCAGUUGCACCUUCGCAUCAUGAAAGCAGAGCCUCGGCCCGAAAGCGAGAAUACAAAGAAGAAAGCGACGACGAAGAAUCCGUUGCAGACAAGCUCGUCGUCAUUUUGAAGGUUGGAAGAGCCAAACUACGAGAGUGGACACGCUCACAACGAUUGAGAGACCGUGCAGGCGCCUCCACCGCGUCUAAUCAAGGUAGUCCUGGAGUCGGGACACAUUCGAGAUCUGUGUCGGCGGCGCCUUUGAACCUUGCUGCCAUGCCCCCUCCACCUUCACCUGCUCCAGCUCCUGGGGAGAUCCCGGGCGCUGUGGAUGCUACCUGGCAUCCUCCCAGCCCAGAACACCCAGCACCGGCGCCGCCUACCUGGCUCCUCCAGGACCUGGAACGGCUUAAGCUGACCCGCCCUGAUGAUGUCUACGAGCCGUGGAUGAAGCACGUCGCAGUUGACCCAAAGACACAAAAGCUCGUUACUCCGAAUGAGGCGAACAGGUCAUUUACACACAAAUACGUCCCGCGGAUCCGUUGUCCUGACUGCCCUGCUAAGACUUACCUACCCGGUCCGGGAUUGACAGCAUCAGGGUUCGAGAAUCAUGUGAAUACUCGUUCGCAUAGAAGCAACGUGGAGGAGCGGAUUGCAAAAGCUAAAUAA